CUAAUUAUCUGUACAUCACAUGAUUAAUUAUUGCUAAUUAACGUUGAAAUUAUUAUUAGUGUUUCAUAAUUACAACCUCUCGUAAAACAAACCGCCUUUCCUUUUCAAACCGCGACAUUCUACAAUAACCCUUCGUCUCCAAUCUUCGUCCACUCUUUUUCCCUUUUAAUCUCUUCUCUCUCUCUCUAAGCUAAAAGUGAAAAAUGUUCGAUCCUUCUGCGAAUCCACCAUUUUUUUCAGCUCUUCUUUGAAUCAGAAGGCUCCGGUUCAAGCAAUCGAGAAGUUCUUGUGCAUUUUCGCCGCCGUACGGUGUAAUUUGUUGUUCUACUGGUUUUCGCUUUGUAUUUCCGGCGAGAAGGGGAGAUUUGGUUGCCGUCAUCGGAAUUCCGGCCUCAAUGUGGCGGUCGUGGAGGAAAUCGAUUGUUCAGAUUCCUGAUAAGAACUCGCAAGCGUCUCCGUUCUCUUGCUCCUCUUUCAAAGACGUUCAAGAACUUCUCGCUGACGAAACCCCUAAACCUACCUCUAGGAAGACCUCAACAAUAUUCCAUCGAGUCCGAUUCGUUAAUUCCUUGCUCAAAGCGUGGUCAAAUCUCCCGCCGGAUGGUCAAUCGCAGCUCCGAUUUCAGCCCGAGCCUGAACCGGUCCUCAAAUUUCUAGACCUUAAAUCGACUAAGUCGCCGCCGGUUCCGCCGCGAUCCGAGGCCGCACCUGUUUCGGAUAAGCGAAUAGUGGUUUAUUUCACGAGCCUACGCAUUGUGAGGUCCACUUUCGAGGACUGCCGGACUGUCCGCUCAAUACUGCGAGGGUUUCGCGUUUCGAUCGACGAACGAGAUCUGUCGAUGGAUUCGGGAUUUCUGGCCGAGUUACAGCAGAUACUUGGAAAAAAGGAGUUGGCCUUGCCGACGGUUUUCAUCGGCGGCCAAUACAUCGGCGGGGCGGAGGAAAUCAGGCGGCUACACGAGAGCGGCGAGCUGAAGAAGCUGAUUGAAGGGCUGCCGACGGCGGAUUCCGGCGUGUGUGAGGUCUGCGGCGGCUAUAGGUUCGUUCUGUGUGAGGAAUGCUAUGGAAGCCACAAAUUGUUCACGGAGAAAAGUGGGUUCAAGACGUGUACGGCUUGCAACGAGAACGGAUUAAUCAGGUGCCAUUCUUGCUCUUCUGCAACAUUUUGAAUCAUUCUGAUCCCUUCUCUUCAGAUAAUUUAAAGAAGAAAAUGAUGAAGGGGAAAAGAAAUCAUCCCCAAUAAAGGGAACCCCCCCAGAAAAAGAGGCAACUAAUUUUUAUUGACCAAUUUUUGGUUCUUUUUUCAUUUCUUGGAUCAGUUCUUAACAUUUUUGUACCUAAAAAGUAGCUUUUAACGAGUUUAGCAUCUUCUUAUUAAGCUGCCGCCAUAGAAUUCUCUGGUAAUAUUGUUGUUUGGAGAAGAAAUCAUCACAAAAAUGGCUUCAUUUCC